AGCCUUUCCACCUCCUCAACAAGUCAACCGCCUUUCCACCUCCUCGCCACCGCCCCGUAGUGGGCUGGGCUCGUGGCGUGACGCCUAGUCCCGUGCCGCUGCGCCUUGCUAUAUACAAAGAGAGCCGCGCGGGUCUCUGCAGCGAGGAACGGAGUGGAGGGGGGAAGCACGCACUGCAACGACGCGCAGAUCAGGCAGGCCGCAAGCAAAGGCGGAACGAGCGGAAGGUGGAGCCAGCGCGACCUUGAGCUCCCUUUCGCUUCCGCCGCGGAGAAGGGAAGAUCCGGGUGGUGCGGCUUAGCUUCAGCUGCUGCCGCGGUUGGAGUUCGGCCAUGGCGGACCACCAGAGGAUGAGGAUCCACCCGGUCGACCUGGAGGCCGGCCGGAACCGCCCGUCGGCGCCGCUGGUGCCGAGCGGCUCCUUCCAGUCGGACAAGGGCGACCCGGCGCAGCGCGCGAACAGCCAGCAACACCAGCAGCGGGGCCACGGCGGCUACGGGCACGGCCCGCUGCCCCCGCCGCCGCGCCGCGCCGCGCCGCCGGCGCCGCCGCUUCCGCCGCCGAAGCGCCGGGGCCGGGGCUGCUGCUGCCGCGUCCUCUGCUGCGUCGCCGCCACUGCGGCCGUGCUGACCGUCCUCGCCGCCGCGGCCGGCGCCGCGCUGUACCUGGUCUUCAGGCCCCAGGCGCCGCGGUACUCGGUGGACCGCCUGGCCGUGUCGGUGUUCCAGGUCGAUCCGUCCACGCUCACGGCGCGGGCGGCGUUCGACGUGACGGUGACCGCGGCGAACCCGAACGCGCGCAUUGGGAUCCACUACGGGCGCGGGUCCAGCCUCAGCGUGUGGUACGGGCCCUACCCGCUGGCGCGGGGCGCGCUGCCGGCCUUCUACCAGGGCCGCCGCAACACCACGGUGCUGGCGGUUGCCAUGGCCGGGGAGGUGCAGCUGGCCAGCGCCGCCGUGUCCGGGAUGCGGGACGCGCAGCGGGACGGGGCCGUGCCGCUGGUGUUCCGCGCCGACGUGCCCGUGCGCGUCCAGCUCGGCGGCCUCCGGCUGUGGAGGGUCACCGCCAGGGUGCGCUGCGACCUCGUCGUCGACAGGAUCAUGGACGUCAGCAGCCCCAUCAAGAUCAAGGCCAGCAAGUGCAAGUUCGGCUUCAAGCUGUGAUUUGUGAUUCGUUCGUGUUGCUGAGCUUGUAGAUUUCGUUGGGAUUCCUGUUGGGAAUCGGGGAUUGGGAGAUAGAGUUCCUGCGUCGGAUUGGAUUCUUUGGGCAGAGUGCUGCUCCUGGCCGUGUGGUUUUUGCACACGUGCGCUCCAGCCCACCCCGGCACCUCGUCGUGUUCAUCUUGUGUACAGAUUGUAGCAUAGUCUGUAUUAUUACUGUUAGAGAGGAAUAAUAAUACUCUUGGCUUUUUUAAGUUCA